GUAUUCGGUCCUUUACUUUUUCUCCCUCCUUCACUCCACCGGCUUCCCUGCAUUAUUAUAUACGCCGUAUCAAGGAAUAGCUGUGCUGCUCUUCUUAGAAACUGUCCCUCUUUGAUGGCAACUCGCCGGUGACGUGGCUUGCUCGCCGUUUAAUCACAUUUCUGGUUUUCUCUCGAUGGGGAAACUCAUGGAGGCCAUUUUACAUUCUGGGUUUGUUCUUUUUCUUGGUUUUCUGGCGUUUGAACUGAGUAUCCGCCGAGUCAACGCGGAGCCGGUUCAGGACAGAAACGCGCUCCUUGAUUUCUUGUCGAAGACCAAACACAGCAAUCGCCUGCAAUGGAAUACAUCCGCCACGGUCUGCUCGUGGGUUGGCGUGGAAUGUGAUGCGACCCGGUCGUUUGUUUUCGCUCUCCGCUUUCCGGCCGUCGGGUUAGUGGGGAAUAUUCCGGCGGGCACUUUGGGAGGGUUGAGCCAGCUCCGGGUUCUGAGUCUCCGGUCCAACCGGCUCACUGGUCCGAUCCCUGAUGACUUUUCGAAUCUCGAACAUCUUCGGAACCUUUACCUCCAGAAUAACUUGUUCUCCGGCAAAUUUCCGGCGAGUCUGGCGAAUUUGACUCGGUUGAUCCGGCUAGACCUCUCCUCCAACAAUUUCUCCGGUGAAAUUCCGGCCGCGGUCAACAAUUUCUCCAAUUUGACUCGGCUCUAUUUACAGAACAAUGGCUUCACUGGGAAAAUCCCGACCUUAACCCUUUCUUCUCUAUCCGAUUUCAACGUGUCAAACAAUCGCCUCAAUGGGCCGAUUCCGAGCACAGUAUCGAAAUACCCGAUGUCGGCUUUCGCCGGAAAUAACGAUCUCUGCGGCGACCCAUUGCCGCCGUGCAACCAAAGCUCCCCUUCCCCUGCCCCAUCUGUUUCCCCUGCCCCUUCCCACAAGAAACUCUCCGCCGGUUCCAUUGCCGGGAUCGUAAUAGGCUCGGUGGUCGGAGUUCUUCUCCUUUUACUCAUUCUCUUCCUCUGCUUCAGAAGGGGAAAGACACAGAGGGAAGCAAAGCCGUCUGCGAUUGCGAAUGCGGGUCCGAGAAGGGCGGUGGUGGAACCGCCUGGCACGUCGUCAUCGAAAGACGACAUCACCGGAGGGUCAGCCGCAGGGGAGGGGAGUAGGCUGGUGUUCCUCGGCGGCGGGGGCGGGUACACAUUUAAUUUGGAGAGCCUGUUGAGGGCGUCGGCGGAGGUGCUGGGAAAAGGGAGCACGGGGACGAGUUACAAGGCGGUGAUGGAGGAGGGGACGACGGUGGUGGUGAAGCGGAUGAAGGACGUGUCGGCGGAGAGGACAGAGUUUGAGGAGCAAAUGCAGGUUGUGGGGAAGCUGGAGAAUGAGAAUUUGCUUCCAUUAAGAGCUUAUUACUACUCCAGAGAUGAGAAAUUGUUAGUCUCUGAUUACAUGCCUGCUGGUAGCUUAUCAGCUCUUUUUCAUGGUAGUAGAGGGUCAGGACGAACACCCCUUGUUUGGGAAAACAGAAAAGGAAUAGCACUUGGUGCCGCUAGAGGCCUUGCAUACCUACACAGAUCAAGUGUAGUUCACGGCAACAUCAAGGCAUCAAAUGUACUUCUCAAGCAAGACAACAAUCAUGAUGCCCGCUUGUCGGACUACGGAUUGAACACACUCUUCACCACUGCGACCCUUACCAAUCGGGACACAGGAUAUCUUGCCCCCGAGGUGUUUGAACUCCGAAAAGCCACAUUCAAAUCCGACGUUUACAGCUUUGGAGUACUGGUCUUAGAGCUUCUAACUGGUAAGGCUCCAACCCAAACUUCCAUAGGUGAAGAUGGUGUGAAUUUGCCUAGAUGGGUCAAAAGUGUCGUUACAGAAGAAUGGACCGCUGAGGUAUUUGAUGUUGAGUUGAUGAGGCACCACAAUGUGGAAGAAGAGAUGGUACAACUACUUCAAAUAGCGAUGUCGUGUGUUGAAAAGGUGCCGAAUUCAAGACCAACAAUGCGUGAUGUAGUCGAAUCGAUCGAGAAAAUGGAACGCCUAUCAUCUGAUAAUCCAUCGAGAGGCUCCGACGGUCAAACACCUCAGUAUUCAAGCUCAUCGCCAACGGGCAUGGCGCCAUAGGGGAAAAUAAGUGUAUUCAAACUCUCUCUAUCUUUACUCUUAUUUUAAAUUUUUUUUAAAUGAAAGUUGGGCAAUGUAUUCUACAUUAUAUAUAGAUAAAAAGAUUUUUAUUUGAAUGUUGUUUUUGUAGGAUACAUGAAAUGAUUGGUGAGAUGACAAUAUUUGCAUUGUGUUUUUGACAUGUGAUUCUUUUUCUUCAAAUGUUUAUCAGUGAGAUAUAUGGUUCUUGGCUUCUUGUAUUUGGCCUUCUCUUUGGUUGUGUAAGCUACUAAGCUACCAAGGUGUAAGGCUGGGUGACUUCUCCAACGGAGAGCUAAAAUGAUACACCCUAAUUCCUAAUUAAUGAAGUGUCCGC